AUGGCUGGUCGUCUCUCGGAUGGAAAUCCACAGGUCCAAGUUUACCUGUCAACAUGCGUCGAGAAACUCGUCAGCAGCAAGAAGCGUGGUAGGGAAGCUGUCUUGACUUUUAGGCCUCCCCAGCAUAUCCUCGACAAGUCACCUGAGAAACAACAAACAUGGUGGAAUGCUUCGUCUCGUCUGGUUUAUGGCACCUUGGUGUGUUUCUUGGCUCCUGGCGUCGAAGGUGUGAGCAUGCUAUUCUUUCAGGUCACAAACAAGAGUACCGGCCGCACGGGAAAAGAUGACGCCGAGUCCAACAACAACAUUGCUCAGUUGCAUGGUGCACCUAGCAUCACCGUCAAGCUUGCAAAUCAUCCGCGAGAUGAUCCGAUCCUCCUGACGAAGCUGUACAAUACCAACGCUCUUGGUGUAUUCGUUGACUUCAAUGGUGUCAUUCCGGACACGUUCGUCUUCCCAUCCUCAAGAACCUUCAGAAGAUCAAAGGUGAGAAUCACACCACCUUCCAACAAUGGACCUUCCCAGCCCACCCGAGAACCAGAGUGUUUCGAUACCGGGCUACGCUCGUAG